AUGGCCAGACUGGAUGUCACAGAGAGCUUCCACCAGACCCACUACCCAGGACACCUGCAUACCCAGGAGUCUCUACACUUCGCCCAGGAGUUUCAAUUCCUGGACUCUGACACCCUCAUUGUCACCUACCCCAAGUCAGGCACCACUUGGAUGCAGGAGAUCCUGACCCUGGUGUCCAGCAGAGGAGACCCAACUCCAGCAAAGACCAUACCGAAUUGGGCACGGGCCCCCUGGUUGGAGCAAUAUUACUGCCGGGACAUCCUGAGGGCCUCACAGGGCCCCCGGCUCAUCACUACACACCUGCCCUAUGAAGUCCUGGCCUCGGCUCUCCAUGGCUCCAAGGCAAAGGUGAUCUAUGUCGCCCGAAAUCCCAAAGAUGUUGCUGUAUCUUACUACCACUUCCAUAAAAUGGCUAACUUUCUUCCUGACCCCAACACAUUCGAAGAGUUCCUGGACAAUUUUAUAGAAGGAACAGUGUAUUAUGGGUCAUGGUUUGACCAUGUCAAGGGCUGGACCAAUCAUAGAAAUGACCUCAACUUCUUCUACAUCACAUAUGAGGAGAUAUUGCAUAACCUGAGAGCCUCUCUGGAGAAGCUGUGUGGUUUCCUACAGUGCCCCCUGCUGCCGGAGGAGUUGACGAACAUCCAGAGACAUUGCACUUUCAACAGCAUGAAAAAGAACAACAUGGUGAACUACACUCUCAUAUCCAGCAAAGUUAUGGACCACAGCAAGAGCCAGUUCAUGAGGAAGGGUAAAAUUGGAGACUGGAAGGAACAUUUCAGCAACAAACAGAACAAUCACUUUGACCAAAUUUUUGAGGAAGAGAUGCUUGGUUCCAAGCUGGAAUUUAUCUGGGAGUGAUACCUCUGGUCUACCGGAGCUGGAGUUUAUCUGGGAGUGAUUCCUCUUGUCUAACGCAAGUCCUUUUUUCUC